AUGACCAGGGUUCUUAUCAAGAACGUAUGUGUUUUUGAUGGCGAUGUCAUUCAAAAUACUGGAAACAUCUUGUUCACCAGGUCGGCUGGCAACAUCCAAGACCCGAUGAUUGAUGACUCCCAAUUUGAGAAUCCAGAUCAUGUUAUCGACGGCCGUGGCUGUACAUUGAUUCCCGGCUUGAUCGACGCCUACGUGAACAUCAAGGGUAUCAAUACGGCGCUGGAUAUCUUCGCUAGCCAUGGCGUGACCACCGUCAUCGAUCUCAGCAGCAACACUGAGCAAUGUCAAUCUCUUCGCGUAUACGCCGCUGGCAAGACAAAAUUGCCUACUGUGCUUUGUUCCGGUACAGAGGCAGUACCAAUGGAGACCCAUCGGCCGGAUCUUCGCGGUAACUCAGAUACUGUGGCGAUUCGCACGCGCGAAGAUGCAGUAGCUUUUGUUUCGGCCAAGUCGAGUGGCCCGGACCGCGCGGAUUUGGUCAAAGUUGCCGUCAGUCUGCACUCGCACAGCGAUGAAAUACUCAAAACCAUUGUAGACGUCGCUCACGCCUACGACAAGUUGGCUGUGGCUCGUACAACUGGCAAAGCGUCUUACGAACGUGGCAUGAGGGCCGGUUUCGAUAUCUUUGCCCAUGCCCCUCUUGACGCACCCAUCGAUGCGGCGAUGGCUGGAGAAAUGGCUGCACAGGGCAAAAUAUUUAUUCCGACGCUGACCAUGGCAAAGAAACAAACGCCGUCGGAACAAUCAUCCUUUGAUUUAGUAACUCCAGGAGCCACGGUCGGGAACAACUAUGAUAACGCGACAGAAAGCGUGCGAACACUCCAUGAAGCCGGCGUUACGAUUUGCGCGGGUACAACAGCGAAUGUUGUUCCAGGGGCCCAGGUAUCAUUUGGGGAGAGUCUCCAUGAGGAAUUAUGCUUGCUCGUUGAGGCUGGCAUGCCAACUCUGGACGUUCUACGCUCUGCAACCUGUGUGGCUUCCAAGGCGUUCAGCCUUGGCGACCGAGGCAACCUUCGAGGCGGUUGUAGGGCCGACCUUGUACUUGUUGAAGGCAAUCCGUUCGAAGACAUCAGUGUCACGCGAAAACUGAAGGGAGUAUGGAUACAGGGUGAAUAUAUCUGCACACGCCAAAUCUCAGCUUAA